AUGCUAAAUUUCCAGACUUAUAUCUGUCUUUUUGAUUUGGCUCAAUUGGAAAAUGUGAAUUUAGAUUCAUUGGAAAAAUUGAGAAAAGCUUCAAAUGAGUCAAACAAUUCACUUAUCGCUUUCUAUUCGAAUGCUAAUUUUGUGUCAACAAAAAGUUUAUUCAAAGGAAUUAAUUUCAAAUAUGUUUUAAUUAAUAACAACUCAUUAAUAAUACAAGGCGUGAAGAAUGGAUCUUACAUGGCUGGAUGUUUAGUAGGACUUCCAGAAAAAGACAAAGCCGUUUUGAAUGUUAUAAGAAGUGGUAUUAUAUCAGGUCAUGCAAUUUUUACAUUACCCGAUGUUUCAAGUGAAUAUCCACACGGCGCUGCUACUAACGUAUCAAGAAAAGAAUUUCGAAAUGCAAUUAAUUUAGCCAUUAUGAAAGUUCAAGCACAAGGAAUAGAGUUUGAUUUAGCUGCGAAAUAUCAAGAGAAUAUAGUUGACGUGAGAACCUGUAAAAUUGACAAUACCGAUGACUUUCCUAUUCCAAAUCUUAAUGAAGCUACAGGAUUACUAAAAACUGUAUUACAAAAUCGUACUAUACUUAUAGGCUCUUUUGGAGAUUCAAACAGUAUCGAUUCCGAUGAAGGUGACGAAGAAUUUCCAUUUCAUUCAGCAUAUUUAAAUGCGAUCUUAGACCAAUUUGCACAACUGCGUGGACCCGAUGGUAAUGCUUACGGAAGACUAAAUAUUGAACGAAUUUAUGCACGGUCGUCAACCGCAAAUUUACUAAGAGGACGUGUCUAUAUGUCAGAGCCAUAUUUUGUUAUAGACAAUGUAUAUAGUGGUUCAAAAGAAAGUUGCAGGAAUGAUUCAGAUUGUGUAGAAGCAAACACGGUGAGUGGCUAUGAAAGUUGCAUAAACAAUACAUGCGUAGGGUAUACUCGUCCAGUUAGUGAAAUAUUCAAAUUAAGUUGUUUAACAUAUGGAACAGAAAGUUUAUUUAUUACAAACAAACUUAAUAUCGAACAUGUUGUGAUAAAUGAAUCUAAUAUCAAGAUAUCUGGUGGUGUGUUGGCUGCACUUAUCUUACUUACAGUUUCGUUAACGGGAGCAAUUUUUCUUCUCGCUUUGAUGGCUCUUAAAGAAAGAAGAGGAAAACCUCUAUUUGGUUAA